UCUGAACAAAGUUGUUGCUCGUGGCACCUUCUCUUCCCCAGGACUUAUCCUGACGUUCUCCAUGUGUAGAGGAGGCUCUGAUGAGCUGCUCUCCUGGUGUUCCAUCAUCCCUUCUCCCUCCCACAUCUCCUACCCAGGAUUUGUGUCCAUGGAUCAAAUCCCCUUGGAAGAGCCUCAGCUUGGGGCAGGUGAUAUCCCACGGGAUUCCAGGGUGCUGCUCCCAGGUGAUCCCAGGGGAUUCUGGUGUCCCCCAGCCGCUCUCCUUGGGAUUCCUUCCCCAGGGAUUCUUUUGCUUUUCCAUUGUGGAUGAAGCAAAGAGGAAGGGGAGCUCCUGGCUCCAAGGGGGACAGGAAAAUACUGAAUUUUGGGGAAAUGAGCCCCAUUCCCCCAGGGAAUGCAGCCUGGGAGAGCAGGAUUCACCCAGUGCAGUCCUGGGUAAAUCCAGGGUUCUUGAAUCCAAGGAAAUCCUGGUGUUAGGAUGAAUCUUAGCAGGGUGGGAGAGAUUUCAAAAACCCAAACUAAUGUAAAGAAAGCAGGAAAGGGAGGGGGGCUCCUGGUUCUAUUCCCUGGGAGCUGGGAGGAUGCUCUCGCUCCCGGCUCGGGAGGAGCAGGACAGGGGCUGUUCCCUCAUGCCAAGAACUGGGAGCAGGCCCAGGGAAGGGGCCGUGGAGGGGGAUCGGCCCUGCCGAGCUCCGGCAUCGCCGCAUCCCCUCCAGGUCCGGCUGCGGGCCAAGGACAACACCGGCAACCCGAGCCCUUCCCACCGAACGGGGGGCCCGCGUUUACCCUGGGGCCGGGGCCGGGGGGCCCCGAGGCGAGGGCCGAUCCCGGGAAGGGGGAGAAUUCCCUGCUCUGCCGCUCCGAUGGCGCUGCUGUUGGGAGCGGUGCUGCUGGCGGCGGGCGCCGCGAUCCCGCCGGGAAUGCCGGCCCCCGCGACCUGGCCCGCUCCGUGCUGGAGACCCACGGGCAGGACCUGCGGCUGCUCAAGCUGCUGGGAGUCGCCAGGACGAGCUUCGACUGGGGAACCCACUUCAGCAUCAACUUCACGGCGCGGCAGCCGCCCUGCCCCAAACCCCCCCCGGACCCGCGGGGCUGCCGCGGCCGCCCGGGCAGGGUGCAGCGGUGCUCGGCCCAGGUGUCCGUGUUCACCUUCCUGCCCGACGUGCCGCUGUCGAUGGUGGAAUGCGGCCAGGAGCCGGUGAGGGCUCCGGGACCCGCACCCUGGGGGGGGGACACACGCGUGUCCCCCACUUUGGGGUCGGUUUGUUGGGUUCUGGAGUGAAACCCACCUUAUUUCUCCCCACAGCCCCCGGUGGCAGCGCCCAACCCCGCUCCCCUGGCACCCCAAAAACCUCCGGCGCCAACCCAGGUCACUCAUCCUCCUCAUCCUCCUCCUCCUCGCGGCCCCCCCCGCGGCCUCGCCCCCAGCGCGUCCCCCCGGGGGCCCUCCCGCCGCCCCCCGGCCCCAGCGGAGCUGGAAUAAAGAGAUUUGGGGUUAGAUGUGUGUGUGUGUGGGGCUGACACGGUUUGGGGGGCCCGGAGGGGGCACCCCCGGCGUUGGGAAACAGCGAUGGGGCAAUUUGGGGUUGUGCAAGCCCGGGGGGCACCAACCCCGCCCCUCCCACAGGGCUCCUGGACCCCCAACCCC